AUGGCGGACGCUCUUUCCAUUGAGCAGAACAAUAAAAUCCGAGUUGCCCUUGGGCUCAAACCCCUCCCCGUCCCUGGUGCUGACGCCACCUCCGGUCCGGUGUUUAAAGAAACAAGAGAGGGCUCUGCAUCCGAAGAAGAUGAACCCGGAAGCACUCUUGAAUCGCGACAAGCGCUUGCCUCGGAGAACUGGAAGCAACUUCAAGAUGAGGCCGAGGCGAAGCGGAGACGAGAGGCUAAAAAUGCUGCGAUCAAGAGGGCUCGUGACGCUGCUCAACGCGAUCGAAUGCUCGAAGGCCCUACACUAGGAGAGUCUGGCGAUGUGGAUAUGGAUACGAAGAGCUGGUUGCUGCAGGCGAAGAAGCGACAGAAGAAGAUCGAAAAGGAACGCGCCCUCAAACUCGCUCAAGAACUAGAGGAACGUGAACGUGCUGCGGAAUACGCCACGGCGGAUCUGGCUGGGCUGAAAGUUGGGCACGAGGUGGGCGAUUUUGAAGAAGGAGAAGAACACAUUCUUACGCUCAAAGAUACGACUAUCGAUGAGAACGAGGAGGAGGGCGAUGAACUGGAGAACCUCAAUCUGAGGGAAAAGGAGAAGGUGGCGGAGAGGCUGGAAUUGAAAAAGCGGAAACCCGUCUACGAUCCCACCGAAGAGAACACCGGAAUACUCGCUCAGUAUGACGAAGAGAUUGAAGGCAAGAAGCGGAAACGCUUCACGCUUGACGCUCAAGGGUUUACAGUCGAAGAACGAGAGGCUAAGCGACAAGAGGUAUCUGACAAGCUCAAGCAGAAUCUUGUCAGCCUCGAUCUUGGUGCAAUCGAGACGACUCCGGUUUCUGAUUACAUGGACGUGAGCGAGAUUAAGAUCAAGAAGCCGAAGAAGAAGAAGGCCAAGACAACCAGACAGAGAGUGAUUGACGAAGAUGAUAUCUUUCCUACAACUGAGUCGACACAGAACGGGGCUAUGGAUGUCGAUGCCAGCAACGGAGAGCCCGUGCCGGCUCCCCGAAAAUGGGAGAGCCGCGAGAACGUAUCCUUUGUCGAUGAUGACGAUUUACAAGCCUCUCUCACACGCCAGAGACGGGCCGCGUUCAAAAAGCGACAGAAAGUGCGACCCGAGGAUAUCGCACGACAGCUCAGAGAGGAGGAAUCGCAAACGCCAAUGGAGGCAAAGGAUGAAGAGACGGAAGAGCCUGGCUUGGUCAUAGAUGAGACAUCAGAAUUUGUUUCCAAUCUUCAGAAGCCGACCCUUCCAGAGCGCCGCGAGAGACGACGAACAACGACGCCUGCCGAGAGUGUCAAGGAAGAACCAGUCGAGGAUGACGCUGACGUGGAUAUGGAGCGUUCGUACAAUGAUAUUGAAGACGAAGAGGACCUCAAGGAACGCAUUAAAAGGGAAGAAUCUCAGCUCCAGCAAAUCUCCGGAACCGGACUGGAGGAAGAAACUACAUUGGAUCAAGGGCUUGGUGCCACAUUGAAUAUGCUCAAGCAACGCGGACUGGUCAAACCCUCCGAUGCUGUUGAGCACAACGCGCUCCUGCGGGAUCGUCAGCGUUUCCUGCAAGAGAAGACUCACCUUGAAACGGAGGCCGAGAAACGCGCUCGGCAACAGCGUGAACGCGACCGAGCCUCCGGUAAACUCGAUCGGAUGUCGGCCCGCGAGCGUGAAGAGCACGCGCGGUGGGAGAACAAGCAACGUGACCAGCAAGAUGCACGACACAUGGCGGAAGUCUUCAACCGGGAAUACAAGCCCGACGUACAGCUCAAGUACGUUGACGAAUUUGGUCGCUUGAUGAACCAAAAGGAAGCUUUCAAGCAUCUUAGUCACCAGUUUCACGGCAAGGGCAGUGGCAGGAUGAAGACUGAGAAACGGUUGAAGAAGAUCGAAGAGGAGAAGAAACGUGAGGCCAUGAGCGCUUUGGACAGCAGUCAACACACAGGUAUGAAUAAUGCUAUGGGAGCCACGGCUCGGAAAAACCGUCAGGCUGGUGUGAGAUUGGGAUGA